AUGCUCGCUGCAGACGAUGCUGGCGGUGCAGGAGCAAAGGGUGUCGAAAUACUGUCUGAUCGUCCAGAACGCAGCCGUAAUGCAAAGGCCCAAGCUAGGCAUCGCGCAAAGCGAAAGGCUUACAUCGAACAGCUUGAGCAGACCGUCACAAAGCUCCAGACAGCCCUGGGCUUCACACCAGACCAGGUCGCCACUCUACCACCACCGCUCGUAAAAAUCCGCGAGCUCGAACAAGAAAAUGUCAGACUGCAGAAAGAGAACGACGAGCUCAGGCGUUUGCUUGGCGAGCCCGACCACAGAAAUCAUCAUCUCUCGUCUGACUAUCGACGGCCGUCUCUACCUGCGUUCCACGACUCUCGCAGUUGUGAUCGCGAGCUCAAAAAGCGCAAAAUGACUGACGACCUCUAUAUGCAUACCGACAACCUUUCUAGACCGCCACCACUAACCAUCCCUCAACCUUUGUCGCACCACUAUAACAACAUUCCCUCUCACCACAAUUCUUCGAACCAUGUGACAAAUUCAUCAUCGUCACUGUUCAGCCUACAUGGGCCGGCGUUCCAAAUGCCAAACACGCCCUCUGGCUCAAGUUCUACUUCAAGUCCCCCAUUUUCGGCGAGUCCGGCCCAAAUGCAGCCGUCGUCUCAUUCCCCCCUCAAUCAUCGUCCAAGUUCACUCUCUCAUCACGCGUUGUCAAAUUAUUCCCAUUCAAAUCAUUAUGGGUCAGUGAAGGUGGAGGAUGAAAAUUUUGGUCAGCAGUCGAACCAUCAUACACAUAACGGCCACGGUCAUUCUGGUCACUACCAGACCACGCUCCCUCCAUUCGCACAAACAGCACCAGAACCUGAUCUGGACAGUUGGCACACCUAUUCUGCUGAGCGGGCUCAGGUGCAUCGGUAG